AUGUUUGGAAAUGUUAGCAACAGCAUGUGUUUGGAUGCCAAGUGGGCUGUGGUGUUGCCGUCAGUGCUGUGGUGUUGCUGUCGGGGCUGUGGUGUUGCUGUCAGGGCUGCGGUGUUGCUGUCAGUGCAUGGUGUUGCUGUCAGGGCUGCGGUGUUGCCGUCAGGGCAUGAUGUUGCUGUCAGGGCUGCGGUGUUGCUGUCAGGGCAUGGUGUUGCUAUGGUGUUGCCGUCAGCCCUGCAGUGUUGCUGUCAGGGCAUGGUGUUGCCGUCAGCCCUGUGGUGUUGCUGUCAGGGCUGCGGUGUUGCUGUCAGGGCAUGGUGUUGCCGUCAGCCCUGUGGUGUUGCUGUCAGGACUGUCUUAAUUUACACUGAAAAAUGGAAGGGUCAAGAUUGA